AUGGAUUUUGAAGAGCAAUUAGAAAAGGCUGAGAGACUCCCUACGCCUUCAUUAGUGGGAUCAUCGAUCAGAUCAGCCGAUGAUUCGGCGCAUAAUAAUUAUAUUCAUCCAGAGAAGUCCAAGGGGAGAAAGAAGGAAAAUUCCCAAGGACACGGUAUAUUGAAUCAAUCAAUUGCGGCUUCUUUGGACGAUUUGAUGCGGGAGGGAGCGUUGUUGGGUUCAGAGGAGGACUUUGAGGAGGUUUUAGACGAUUCUGGAAACAUUAAACAAGAUGCUAAAUAUGCUGAAGAAGACGAUCACGAAACGCAUAAAUCACACCUUAGUACGCUUGUAGCGAAAGAAGAUGAUUUAGACGAGUCUGGUGAUGUUUCUGCCGACAAGGUCAAGCAAUCUGGAGAAUCGGUGGACAAAAAGUCAGAAAACGGCGCUAAGAACGAGGUUUCGAAGGCCGACGACAAGAAUAAUGUUUCUGUUAAGAAGGCAGAAGAAAAUACCGAAUCGAAAAAGCAAAAAGCAAGUGCAGUAGAAAAGAAGUUGGAGUCUACACCAGCACUGGAAAAAAAACCUGGUGUUUCCUUCUAUAGCCAGGAAGAUUAUUCCACUCCAAACUUGUCAGAAUAUCAAUUGGACCAUCAAAUAAGUGACCACAAGGAUUUAUUGACUAAUAUUCAAUCUCAUGAUCCUCUUCGUUUGCCAAAUUCACAAUCAGACUAUGGUCACGACGAUGAUUCGUAUUUCAAGAGACCAGUUUCUCCAUCUAAAAGAAGUAGCACUUCAGCAGUGAAUAGGUUUAAUGAUGAUGUGACCAUCUCUGCUGGUGCGACAGAUGGGUUACAUACUCCGUAUUUCCAAAGGGAUUCGAGAUCGCAAUCUAGAUCUGGCGCAAGCCGCGUGGAUAGAUCAAGAUCCAGGUCAGCAGUUGCCCCACAUUUAGCUAGGGGAGAUUCUUACAAGAAUACAAAUAUGAACUCACCUUCUGCAUAUGAAUUGCCUCCGGAUUUGGCAGCAUCUGAAAUAAAAAGUGAAGAUGAAGAAGAAGAAGAAGAUGAAACACAAGAUAGAAGAUCCAGACAAUCGAAGCCAACUAUGGGUGAAUCAAUCGCUGCAGCAGAAGCUUCUAAGGACAAGUUGCCGACUACAACUCCUGUUACCAUGCAGAGAGAUACGUCAUUGGUUACUACUGGAGACUAUACGAAUUUCGACGUGGACAAGCCAGAGCCUCAAGUUCAAGACUCGUCUAAUUUAUAUUCUAUGAGAUCUGCUUCGUCAACUAAUUAUUUGAGAUCCAUUUCGAGAUCAAGGUCCAGACAACCUGAUAAAGAUUUGAGGGCAUCGAAUUUAUAUAACGAGAAGAAUGAUGCUGACCCCGAAGAGUUAGUCAAAGGUGGGGCCUUAAUUAAUGAAGAUCCAUAUUCUACAAUCGGUGGAUUGGAUACCAUGGUAGAAGAGGUGUUAAAUCCUGUUAGUGAUAAUUCGGAACCAAGCAAGAAUAAAUCCAAGCCUCAAGAAAAGCUUGCCACUGAUCGUGAUGUAACAAAAAAAGAUGAUACGAAAGAGGUGAUUUCAACAGACGAUGAGGAGGAUAAGCCUAAUUCGAAAACUUUGAAUUCUACAAUAAAAGAUGACAAGGCUGGAGAAAUUAAAAGUAAAGAUGAUGAUUCUACGAAAACCGUAGAUGAUCUGUCCUCAGUCGCCGCAGAUGGAGCAAAAUCUAAUGCCAAUGAUAACCAAAUCAAAAAGAGUGAUAAAAAAGACGAUGUUGAUGUCAAAGGGAUUGAACAAAUUGAAUCAAGUUUAAAAUCUAAGGAUCCAAUUCUUGAUAGAGCACAGUCUCUUACCUCAGAUGACAUACAUGGCAGAUCAUCUGAAGCCAACACCAGAUUUGCAGAUUCAAUUAUCAGUAAAGAUACAGAAACCAAAGCCGAUCUGAAAAGUGAUAAUGGUCUUGAUAACGCUGCGAUUGACCAAAUCGAAUCGAGCAUCGAUUCAAAAGAUGAAGUUGUUGAAAAAGCAGAACUGCUUGCUGCAGAGGAUAUCCAUGGCAAGACCGAAAAAUCGAAAAGCGAUGCUUCAAUAAGUAAUAAGAAGGAAACUACUAAGAAAGAUCCUGAAAAUUCGGAGAGCGUUAACACCGCAGGAACUGGAAAAAUCGAAUCAAGUAUAGGUUCUAAGGACUCAGUUGCUGAAGCAGCAGAAACACUUACAUCUAAAAGUAUCAAUGUUGAAACGAAGGAUACCAAAGAUAAAAUUGUGGAUGAAGUCGUAGCCCCAGAUACGAAAAAUAAGAAUGCUGACGCGAAGGAAACAGGUCAAGUGAAAUCUGAUCAGUCAAAUGAUUCUACAGUUGAAAAAAUCAACUCUAAAAGUAUAAUAUCAGAGUCUGAUGAAUCUGAUAAGUCUACUGACGUGCAUGCCUCAUUAGGGGAUGCUACGAAGGUUACAGAAAUAGAAAAAGAAAAAGAUAUCGAAGAUAGCACAGUUGAAAAAAGAGAGCCUAAUAUUGAUUCUGCAAGAGGUAAAAAAGAAGAAGAAGAAAAAGUAAGCAAGAAAGAUGUGGACGAUAAAGCUAUUGAACAAAUUGAGUCCGGUCUUAAAGCCAGUGAUACGGUAACUGAAAAAGCGACGUCGCUUACUGCAGAUGAUAUUAAUGCGGAUUCCACCUCUGAAUCUAAGUCUGUCAUUGAUGACCCAGUCAUCGAGAAGCAAGAGGUAAACAAGAAGGACGUAGAUAAUAAAGCUGCUGAGCAAAUUGAAUACAGUAUUGAUUCCAAUGAUGCAAUUGCUGAAAAUGCGAAGUCGCUUACUGCAGACGAUGUAGCCGCUGAUUCUACUUCCGAGACCAAAUCAGUCCCAAAUGAGGCAAUUACUGAAAAGGAUGAGGUGACGAACAAGAAGGAUGUGGACGAUAUAGCUGCUGAGCAAAUUGAAUACAGUGUUGAUUCCAAGGAUGCAAUUACUGAAAAGGCGAAGUCGCUUACUUCUGACGAUAUAACCGCUGAUUCUACUUCCGAGACCAAAUCAGUCCCAAAUGAGGCAGUUACUGAAAAGGAUGAGGUGUCGGGAAAUGAGAACGAAGAUACGAACAAGAAUGAUGUGGACGAUAUAGCUGCUGAACAAAUCGAAUCCAGUGUUGGUUCCAAUGAUGCAAUUGCUGAAAAAGCGAAGUCGCUUACUGCAGAUGAUAUUGUAGCUGAUUCCACUUUUGAAACUCAAUCAGUCGCUGCAGAUACGGUUGCCGAAAAGGCGAAGUCUACUAUUGAUGUUGAUUCGUCUAAGGCUGUAACCAGUGGUCUUGAUGGGGAGAAGGACAAGGAGACCAAACUGGCGGAUGUCAAAGAUACGGAGGCUUCUAAAAACUUGGGAGCAAAAAAAGAAGAUCCGGUUACAGCAUCAAAGGAUGUGGCGGCUGCUCCAGCAACCUCAACUAUUACAGAUGAUGAUUUGAGUGAUAUUGAUGUCUCUCCCGAGGAGUUACGUAAACAUCUAGAAUCUCAACCGGUCUACAUUUUCACGUCAUUAGCUGGUGGUAUGCAAAUUAUGACGAGAACCAACAGAUUAACAACUAUAUUAACUGCCAAUGGUAUCAAGUUUGAGUAUCGUGAUUUAGGUACUGACGAAGAAGCCAAAAAGAUUUGGAGAAGACAAGCCAGUGGUAAGACAUUGCCGGGUGUUGUAAGAGGAGAUGAUUAUAUUGGUAAUUGGCAAGAAGUUGAUGAAGCCAACGAAGAAUACAGACUCAGGGAGAUUCUCUAUGAAACCUUAUGA